AUGACGAGAAAGACCAUUCAUGUCAGUGUCGACGGGACAAGCUUCUCCCUCCACGGCAAAAAUGUCUCCUACCGUUUCCAUGUGGACAAAAGCAGUGGAGACCUGCGAUCUGACCAUUUCGGUCGCAGUAUCACGGGCGCCAUUCCAACUGAUCCAGCGCCGGCGGUAGCCGAUGUUUGGACUGAGACGCCGGACCGUGUGCGUCGCGAGUUCCCAGAUCAAGGACGCGGGGAUGUUCGGAUACCUGCGAUUCGACUUAUCCAGUCAGAUGGAUAUGCCAUAUCAGCCUUGGGUUAUCAAUCACACGUUGUUAUGCAGGGAAAACCGGCCCUGCCUGGUUUGCCAGCUACGUUCGGCGACGCAGAAGAUGUCGGCACUCUGGUGGUCCAUCUGUUUGACGAGUACAGCGAGGUUGCCGCGGAUCUGACCUACUCAAUUUUCCCCAAGUACGACGCCAUUGUGCGAAGUGUCAGCGUCACCAAUAAAGGAAAGAGCAAUAUCUCAGUUGAGACACUGGCUAGUCUAAGCGUGGACUUGCCCUGCGAGGAUUUAGAGAUAGUGGGUCUCCGGGGCGAUUGGGCGAGGGAGGCACAGCGUCAAAGGCGGAAGAUUGAAUAUGGUGUGCAAAGCCUCGGGAGUGCAACGGGAUUUUCGUCCCAUUUACACAAUCCUUUCCUCGCCUUGGUGCAUCCCUCUACCACCGAGUCACAAGGAGAGGCUUGGGGUUUCUCCUUGGUAUACACGGGUUCCUUCGCCGCACAUAUCGAAAAAGGCUCACAGGGUUUAAUACGCACGACACUAGGGUUUCACUCGGAUCACCUUUCAUGGUCCCUAGCCCCUGGCGAGACUUUGACGUCUCCUGAAUGUGUCUCUAUCUACUCUAGCGAUGGGUUAGGAGGCAUGUCUCGUUCGCUCCAUGGCCUAUAUCGUCACCACCUCAUGAGAAGCAAGUUUGCCACCGAAGGUCGGCCAGUGUUAUUAAAUAGCUGGGAAGCGCUAUACUUCAAUAUCGAUCAGAACAGUAUGCAUCGCCUGGCAGAAGAGUCUGCAGCCCUCGGCGUGAAGUUGCUUGUCAUGGAUGAUGGCUGGUUCGGGAAAGAGUACCCGCGCACGUCGGAUGCAGCAGGAUUGGGAGAUUGGGAACCUAACCCUGUCAGAUUCCCUGAUGGUCUCGGUCCGAUGGUCAGCAAAAUAACGUCCCUGAAUGUCGCCAACUCUUCAGCCAAGUUGCGCUUCGGAAUCUGGAUUGAGCCCGAGAUGGUGAACCCACAGUCAACUCUAUACCACAACCAUCCUGAUUGGGUGCUUCACGCAGGCAAAUAUCCACGCACUGAACAACGAAAUCAGCUUGUGCUCAAUCUCGCAUUACCGGGUGUACAAGAGUUUAUUGUAAACUCUAUCACGGAUCUUCUUCACAGCGCAAAAAUCAGCUAUGUGAAAUGGGACCAAAACAGGAUGAUAUCGGAGAUUUCCUCUCCGAGCGGUACCCAUGCAUAUAUGUUGGGGUUGUACCGCGUUUUCGAUGUCCUCACAUCACGGUUUCCGGACGUGCUGUGGGAAGGCUGUGCUUCUGGUGGUGGACGAUUCGACCCAGGGGUUUUACAGUUCUUCCCGCAAAUCUGGGCGUCGGACAAUACUGAUCCGGUUGACCGUAUCUUUAUCCAGUUCGGUACCUCGCUUGUAUACCCCGCUAGUUGUAUGGGCGCACAUGUUUCUGCGGUGCCAAAUCAUCAAACUGGACGCAAAACUCCUCUUACCUUCAGAGCCCAUGUCGCUAUGAUGGGUGGUUCGUUUGGGCUUGAACUUGACCCAACUGACAUGUCAGAGGACGAGAGAGAAGAGAUUCCAAAAUUGAUUGAAUUGGCAGAGAGAUUAAAUCCUAUUGUAGUGACAGGGGAUCUGUGGCGCCUGAACUUGCCAGAAGACUCCAAUUGGCCAUCGGCGCUCUUUGUAGCUGCGGACGGUUCUCAGGCAGUGAUGUUCGUUUUCCAGCUUGCUCCGAGGGUAAAUCAUAUCAUUCCACGAGUCAAGCUGCAGGGCUUAGACCCACAUGCUGAAUAUUGCGUUGACGGACAUGGACCCUUUUCAGGCUCUGUGUUGAUGAACGUUGGUUUAAAAUUUUCUUUCAACACAGAAUAUGGGAGUAAGGUGGUCUUUUUGAUGAAAAGAUUGUCCUAG